CUCGACGUCGACUCGCAUGUCCUCCUACUAAUUUACUCUCGCCCUGACUGUGACGCUGACCACACCGUCCUCAACGCCAUCGACGACGACGAGCACGACGUACUAACCGACUGCCACGAUGACAACGACACCCCCCACGCCUACCUCCUCUUCCUCUUCCUCGCCGUUCCCAUCCCUCUUCAACUCGACCUUCACUACACCUCCCCCCAUCGACACUCCCUCAUCCACCCCGUCCGACUCGUCAGAUAGCGACUCUGUCCUCACCUCGUCUUCUGCGCUGUACUUAUACACCUUCUUAGCCACCCUCGUUCUCCUCCUUGGUGUAUCAUCCGCAAUCGUCUUGCGCUCCCUCGUUCUCCGUAGACGCCAUCAACGUAUCGUCGAAGAAGCUAUCCGCAAUGGCACCUGGAUCCCCUCCACCAACGCCAACGCCAACAACACCAACAAUGGUAGAGGGCGCAGAGCAAAGCUAGGGGAGAAGCCAAAGUUGUGGGAGGUUAAGGUGGGCGAGGGAGAUGACUGUGGUGGGAUGGGUGAUACGGGAGGGGACAGUGGAGACGAGAGAAACGAAAAAGGUACAAAUUGGAAUUGGAAUCACAUCACACCAAUUUCAGCCUCCUACCUUCCCAACUCCCAAGCUUCGCCUUCCUUCCCUCGCACAUCAUCGCCAUCGCCAAGCACCGAAUUCAGCACGCAUACAAGCGUUCCACGCUUCCUGCGGCCAUUUACACGCUUCCGACUUCCAUUUCCUUUCACAGCUUCGGCAUCACCACAAUCGCCGUCGAUUUCGAGUUCAGAUUCGCGCUCACGUUCUCCCCGUCGACCACGGUCUCCGCCUGGCACAAAUCCAGCUGCGAUAUCAACACCUGCGGCUGUGACUGCGUCUGGGAUGAUGGACGCACAGGGAGGCGAUCCCUCGACUGUUCGGCUCGCUGUGCUUAUAGCGAUGCCUGACCCGACCCGGUCCACACACUCGCUUUCACAUUCGCACUCACUUUCGCGACAGCGCGAUUCGACAUGUUCGACGAGUAAGAGUGCAAAUCGUGAUGUGGGUGAGAGAGUUGUUGAGUUUGGAUUGGUUGACGUAGUGAUUGGACAGGAGAGUGAGGAGGCGCCGUGAUGGAGUUAUGAACUGUGGGUGGGGGAGAGGAGAGGAUAUAUAUAUUUAUUUUAUAUAUUUCGUCGUCUUUCUGUUUGGUAGUGGCUGUGUACAGUUAUGUGUACAGUGAUUGCAGCAUUAUGCUGUUAUAUAGAUGGGUUUCUGAAGGAUU